AACAGUUUGGUCCACCUUCUUUGAGCUGCACCGCCCUUCUCCCCUCUACCAAGGUGGUAAUCAUGGCUGAAGCGUCAUCGGAAACCUCGACCACGGAGGUGUGCUGCUCUUGCAGCGACCUUGUUCUUGAUUACGUCAGUGAUACCUUGGGACAUCGAGAGAUCCCUUUCGCCAACCUCAAACAAACCGCACAAGCAGGAUGCAGUACCUGUGGCAUGCUGCUGAGAGGCAUCCUAACGCGAGAACAAGAAAUCCAAGAAAUUGAGAAAGUUGUGCUGUGGUCAUUUGGCAAAACCGAGCCCCUGAACGUGAACCUUUGGACAGAAGGCGUUUUGAAGCAAGAGCUUGAAUUCUAUUGGGCUCCCGAACAUGAGGAUCAAAAGAACAGCUUCGUGGACCAUAGCCCCAAAGCGUCACCGGCCUGGUCUGUCAUUGGAAGAGCAAGGCACAUCUCGCCGGAUUCAUCAUCAGAAAAAUGUUUCAAACUGGCCCAAGACUGGCUAUUCAACUGCGUUUUCAAACACAAUUGCUGUGGGGGCUACGAAGACCUUCCUCUCCCAACUCGUGUCCUGGAGCUCUUGAACGAUGAAUAUGCGACACUCUGUGAACCUGAGAGCUACGAGAAAGGCCACUAUGCCGCUCUAAGCCAUUGUUGGGGACUAGUGGUGCCCACUCGGUUGAUGAAAGCCAACUAUGAGGACUUGAAAGGGGGUCCCAUUAUUAUCUCAGAUUUACCAAAGACAUUCCGCGAUGCUGUGAAGAUCGCGAGCACGCUUAAUGUCAGAUAUCUCUGGAUCGAUUCUCUCUGCAUAAUUCAGGAUUCGGAGGAAGACUGGCAAGCAGAGGCUGGGAAAAUGAGCGCCGUCUACAGAAACGCAGCAUUCACCAUUGCUGCCCAUGGAUCUGGCGACUCCAAUGGAGGCUGUUUUGUUACUGGAGCGAGUCGGCAACACGAGUACUCCUCAAUUCGGGGAACGAAUAAGGAUGGUGUGGAAAGCAACGUUCACGUUCGUCUUUCGGGCUUCCGAGAACCAAAUCGCGACGAAGGCCUCGCCCAUAUCGCGAAGGGGAAUAAGGUCAAACCGCUUCCUAGCAGACUGAGUACGCGAGGGUGGGUAUUUCAAGAACGGUUGCUGUCGCAGCGAACAUUGCAUUACACGGGAUCUGAACUUGUCUUCGAAUGCAGAGCCGGGCUACAAUGUGAAUGCAGAGUCGGGAUGGAUACAUCUGCGCACGCAACGAACUUCAAGAGAGAGUUCAUAGAGGAAGCUGCAGACACAAAGACGGGUUUCAGGUCACCGAAUCUCCUCCCACGAUGGUUGGAGAUUGUGGAGCAGUACACUAAACUUCAACUCACAAAGCAGUCCGAUCGACUACCAGCACUCUCCGGCCUCGCGGGGACAAAUUGGGAGGAGAUCUACUGGGAAUCUAAGAUAGAUACUCCGGCUUACAUCUUUGGACUGUGGAAGAAGACAUUCCAUCGAGAUCUCCACUGGCGAAGCGCCGAGCACUGGUCUUCCGGUACUGUCUCUACUCACAGUCGUCGUGAAGAAGAAUACGCUCCUAGUUGGUCUUGGGCUUCCAUCACAGGUCCCAUCGAGUAUGAGAAACAAGUCAAAGGGAACGGUUUCGAGCAGGACCGCUUCUUCAAAAUCCUGGAAAUUAUUGUUGAGCCCUCAACGAAGAAUAAGUUUGGACCUGGCUCGGGAAGUUUCAUCGCCAUGUGCUUGAUGGUGCCUUCCAAGGUCGUCAUGGUGGACCACCAAAACCAGCCAGCAUAUAUCAUUGCGAGCAGGAAGGCAUUAAAGGGCCGCACGGCAUGUCCAUAUGACACCUUCCACCCGGAUAUCACAGACGGCCAUCCGGAGGUUUCCGAUCGUCAGGACUGCUUUUUAAUGAUUACUUCGUCGGUGACAGAGAACUCUCAUCGCGAUACCCCAAUGGGGUUGGUACUGGUGAAAUGUGGUGAUUCGUACAAGCGCGUAGGAUAUCUGCGGUCCGCCGGGUACACAACAGACGAGUGGGAAGAAGGCUGUGAGCUAAUGACCGUGAGGGUGGUUUGAUCGUUGUACUUGUCCGCAUCUACUAGAUCUCCAAUAGAAGUGCAAACAGCUCAGCAAUAUCCUACCGGGACGCGCCUGGAUAAAGGGGCUGCUGAACGCUCAUCAAAAAGGC